GAACACAUGUUGUCCUCCUCAGAGCCCAGCAAAAGUUUGCUCUCAGCGCACACAGCUUUUCAGUUUCCUUCUUUCUUUCUUUUGAGACUUUUCCUCUGUUCUUUUUUGGGAUUUUGUCUUGGUUUCUCUCCUCGAGUGUCUGGACUCAGUUCUCUCUCCAGGGUUCUUCAGAGAACUUCUCCACACUUUUCUAUCUGUCUGUCUGUCUCUGCUUCUGGCUAUGCACCAUGUUGUCCUCUCCGGCGGUCAUCCUGCAGCCAUACGGUCUCCCUGUGUACCCACAAACUUCCUGCUACCCCAGCCUCAUGCAGGGUGCUCCUGCUCAGGAGGCAGGCCCAGGCAGCAGUGACCCCACCCUUCCACAGGUAUACGCCGCACCCCCUGCGUAUCCUCCACCGGGUCAAGCCCCGCCCACACCCACAGCCAGACUCCCAUCUCUUGACUUUAGCUCCGCCCACUCCAGCUCUGAUUACCCAGACCAUCAUCAGCUCCGAGUGUAUCAGAGCGCUCAGCAUGAAGGGGCGGAGCCUAUACCUGCCAAUAGCACGGACGAAGGUCUGGCCCCUGUGACUUCUGACCCCCAGCCUCUGAACAUCCCUGUGGCGACAGGGGGAGGAGCAGGAAGCAGCAAUGAGGAGGAGGGGUCUGGGAAAGCCCAACCCAAACGCCUUCAUGUCUCCAAUAUUCCCUUCAGAUUCCGGGAUCCUGACUUGAGACAGAUGUUUGGGCAAUUUGGCAAAAUCCUGGAUGUAGAAAUUAUCUUCAACGAGCGAGGGUCAAAGGGUUUUGGGUUUGUGACAUUUGAGAAUGCGUCAGAAGCCGAUCAAGCCCGAGAGAAGCUCAAUGGGACGAUCGUGGAGGGGAGAAAGAUCGAGGUGAACAACGCCACGGCCAGAGUGGUGACCAAGAAACCACAGACUCCACUCGUUAACGCUACAGGAUGGAAGAUUAACCCCGUGAUGGGCGCGAUGUACGCUCCGGAACUCUACACCGUGGCCAGCUUUCCUUAUCCCGUUCCCACGGCAACGCUGGCUUACAGAGGCUCGGCUCUGAGGGGGCGUGGCCGCGCUGUGUAUAAUACCAUUCGCUCAGCAGCUGCAGCAGCCACGCCCACUGCUGUUCCAGCCUAUCCAGGGGUGGUGUAUCAGGAUGGACUAUAUGGAACUGAAGUCUAUGGAGGAUAUCCUGCUGCAUACAGAGUGGCUCAGUCUCCUUCAGCUACAGCUACUGCUGCGUACAGCGAUGGGUACGGGAGGGUGUACGCCACAGACCCCUAUCAUCACUCUGUUGGUCCGACCACCACAUACGGAGUUGGCACGAUGGCGAGUCUGUAUCGAGGAGGCUACAACCGCUUCACCCCAUACUGACCCCACACUGAUCUUUUGCCCCUCCCCCACCUCCCCCUGGAUCACAAACUGGGCGGAGCUUCAAUCAAAUAAUGAACUGAGGAGCCUGGGAGAAGCCACACCCACACUGACCUCAUACAUGGUGCUCACAGUGCCGUAGUUAGCAUUAUGCUAAGAAUAAACUACUGAAGGAGAGAAGUUCAACACUGCUAGCUGUUUCCUCUCACCAUUUAUUAUUAUUAUUAUUUUUUUUCCUUACGAUUAGCAACACCAGCGGUAAAGCGAACACACUAGUUAUCCCGCUCACCUCUGUCAAGCCGAGCGGCUGUAGCCUGAGCGUGAUGAUGAAGUGUGUGUGAUGACGAUGUGCUGUGAGCAGGUUCGUGCUGAUACGCUUCGAAACUAAGCGAUGAUGUUAUUACGAUAAAAUUACACACAACAUGGAACGCUUUUAGCUCGUGGAGCAGAAUUACAAUGUUGCCUUUUACACGCUGCUUGGUUUCUUACCUAGCAUCAAGCAAAUUCAGGAAUCGAUAUUUUUCAGCAGUGACAGACAAACCUCCUUAGAUCAGUGGGCGGAGCUUCAGCAAAAUUUGAGUCAAUCAAACUUGUCAGAAUGACAUCAGCACAACAGUGUGCAAUGCGAGCUCUCUUUACUAGCGAAAAUGUCAACACUAUACCUCACGUGAACAUGCGCCAUGAUUGAGUAAUGUGAUUGGCUGUUUAAGUCACAUUUAAGUUAAGCUCCGCCCUCAGCAAUAUCGUGUGUUAAAUUAUCAGCACGUCCUUGUACCGAGUGAAAAUGAAUUAUUUUUGUAGAUGAUUGUCAUAUUGAUGUGCAGUGCAGUGUGUGUGAGAUGUAUGAUGGACUGUGAGCUGCAUGGUCAGGUGUACAGGUGACUCAGGAUUUCACCCUCCUCCUCCUCCUCCUCCCUGUGCCAUCUACCUCUGUGCUGAUGUUCCUCAGGGGUGUGGCGAUAUAAAUCAGUCUCACCACACCGAUAUGUUACACACAUCAUUCACAUGAUGACGCACUGAACACACCAGGCUGAGCGGGAUGUGAUUUUGUGAGACUGAUAUCGCACGUUGGAUGUUUAUUGUGAUGUGAAAGUAUCGUAUCGUAUCGCCACGCCCCUCAACUCGAAGAAUCACAGUUCAUGUUUUCAAGAAACUUUAUUUUCUGGCUCAAUCUCCUGAGCACAAACUGAGACCCUUCAUUUCAGCUUUUACACACACACACACACACACACACACACACACACACACUGAAUAACUGGACGUUGAACUGGGGCUCCGUCUCAAAUCAUUCAUUAUAUUCUUACACGAUACAGCCAUCAAUCCCAUGAUGCACUGCAGCGUUGUCUUUUAAACUAUGUAUUAUUAUAUUGUUGUUAUUAUUUACAGUGUAGAUUAGUUUAAAAAUCCUGAGCCCCAAAACAGCAUCGAGAGAGAAGUGUGUGACCUUUGACCUCUAUGAUUCAUCCUCCUGUUCUUUCAUUCCUAUUGUCUUUCUUUUGACCUUUGACCCCACGCUCUUGUAUCUGUUUAAGCCACGGUCUAAUUUAAUUAUUUACUUUUCACGCUUCCUGCUUUCUUGUCGUUUGUGCUGAAUCUCUCUCUCUCUCUCUCUCUCUCUCUGUUCUUCCCAUCAUUUAUUUGCUCUUUAAUUCUCUCUUGCUGAAUAAACUGAUCACCACUUCACUACUGACCACUAUCUAUCAUUCUAUACUACUUUUGCAAUCACUCCAUUCGUUUUUCUUUGCAUGAUCUGAUCUGUACAUCUCUUUGCUCUCUGUCUUCCUUUACUUU